GUUUUCUGCACCGGAAACACUUGUGUUGCGAAGUGUUUUGAGAGGACUGUAGAGGAAAAAUGGCUAAUCGAACUGUGAAAGACGCUAAUAGCAUUCAUGGAACAAAUCCACAGUAUUUAGUGGAGAAAAUUAUUCGCACACGGAUCUACGAGUCAAAAUACUGGAAGGAGGAAUGCUUCGGACUUACGGCUGAAUUGGUGGUGGAUAAAGCCAUGGAGCUGAAGUACGUUGGUGGAGUUUACGGAGGGAAUAUUAAACCCACUCCUUUCCUCUGCCUAACCCUGAAGAUGCUGCAGAUCCAGCCGGAGAAAGACAUCAUCGUGGAAUUCAUAAAGAACGAGGAUUUCAAGUAUGUCCGUUUGCUUGGAGCCUUGUACAUGAGACUGACUGGUUCAUCAGUGGAUUGCUAUAAGUACCUGGAGCCAUUGUACAAUGACUACAGGAAAAUCAAAAACCAAAAUCGGAAUGGAGAGUUUGAGCUGAUGCACGUGGACGAAUACAUUGAUGAAUUGCUGCACAGCGAGAGAGUGUGUGACAUAAUACUUCCUAGGCUACAGAAGCGGCAGGUGUUGGAGGAGGCAGAGCUGCUGGACACUCGGGUCAGUGCACUGGAAGAGGACCUAGACGAGGUGGAGACCAGCGAGGAGGAAGAGGAGGAGGAGGAAGAGAAGCCGGAGAGAGGCCAGUCUCCAGAGCCCCACCGACGAAGCUACCGCGACGUAGACAGGCCCCGCCGAUCCCCCUCCCCUCGCUACCGACGCAGUCGGUCUCCCAGGAGACGGAGCAGAUCACCUAAGAGGCGCAGCCCUUCACCCCGUCGUGAGAGGCAUCGGAGCAAGAGCCCGCGCCGGCACCGCAGCCGGUCCAGAGAGAGGCGCCACCGCUCCAAGUCUCCAGGCCAUCACAGAAGCCACAGGCACCGGAGCCAUUCCAAGUCUCCAGAAAGGUCAAAAAAGAGUCAUAAAAAGAGCCGCAGAGGAAAUGAAUAAAGAUUUUUUGAAAGCUGAUUUUUAUAACCUACCUAGGACUGAUAAUAUUGUUUUGUACAUACUCUGCUUACAGUUCAUUGAAAGAGGCAACAGUUUUUCUUGUCUUUUUAAUAGACUUCUUCAGUUAUUUGGUUAAUAUUUUACAUUUGAUAAUGUAUAUAAAAUGUAAAUCAGGUUACCCCUACUUAUGGUUCGUCGUGGAUUCCACAUGUCUGUUUUUGUGUAAUGCAGAUCUUUAAUCCAUAAUUUCAUAAUUAGAUUGUCAGAGAAAUUGUAAAGUUGGUUUACAUAAACAUCAGUAUGCAAACUUUACCUCGUAUGGAGUGCACCCUCCUGUUCCAGAGAUAGUUGCCCUCAUUCUUCUUAAUAAAUUUUUUUAAAUUAAAA